UUUGAAAAUGGCCGUCAUUUGUUUUGGAACUCCUUGUGGACAACCUUCUUCUGUUUUGGUAUUGCAAAUGUUUUUUCUAAACGAAUCCGGAGCCAGCUUUCUCAGAAAUCGAACAGCAUAAACGAUGGCAAAAGGUAUCGGAUUGUCGUGAGAAGGCUUGGCACUUGAAAUACGCUACCAAAAUAGCCGGAAAAUGGAAUUUCACACAACCCGUAGCUGAGCAGUUAAAUGUUAAGCCAGCAAUGGACGAUCAUUCCGAUCGGCAGCCGGCAAGGGAUGAGGGUUGCUUGCUGUGUCAGUUAUACGGCAACGAUCGGCACUUCCUAUCCGAACGGGUAGAAAUCAGCAACGAGUCAAUUGAAGACGUUAUUGGCAAGCAUUUCUGGUUGUCGGAAACCGCCAGCAACGAACGAUACAUCUGCGCCACCUGUUGGGACAUAACAUACUCCUUUCACCAGUUCUACAUCCAAAUAGAACGGCUGCAUGCGGUGCAACUUACACCACAGGUUAAGCAGGAACAAACUGGCACCGAGCAAAAACCGGAAUGGCUGCAGGAAGAGAACACACCGUUUGCCAAUGAAAUCUACGUGAAGGGAAACUGCACGGACAGUGACGAUGAAUCGUCAGCGCUCGUUGAUUCCAUCGCUGCCGUUGAUCGGGAAUCGGAAUCGGACAGCGAUUCAAACAUUCCUCUCUCGAUGCUUAAGGAAGGAAGAAACAAAAUUAAGCGCAGCGAAUCGCUCGAGCAAGACAAUGUGCCAGCCGACAGACCAUCUCCCUAUUCCGGCGUGGGACUGUCCUUGUGCCGUAUUAAGGGAAGUACGCUCGAGCUUAUGUGUUACGACUGUUUUCGGCAGGCCGGAAAGGGUCCGCAAGACGUGUCCCAAGCCCGCUUCACGUUUGCCGCACUGCUGAAACACUUUCGGAAGGAGCACAACAAGAACGGUUAUGCGGUUUGCUGCAGCCGGAAGUAUACGCGCCGAAGAUCGCUAAAGAUGCACCUGCUGUCCCACGGUCGUACGGUUGUGUAUCGAUGCAUUCCCUGUGGCAUUAAGUUUCGCAAACAAGAAUCGUUGGACGAGCACAAUCUGCUGAUCCACACGGCGGAGGAGGAAAAGCGGUUCAAAUGUGACAAGUGUGAUAAAUCGUUCGCAACCGAACAUCUGCUAAAGUCGCACGGAUCGUGGCAUGAAAAUGUGGCCAAUAAGAAUAUCAGCUGCAAGAUUUGCAAUAUAUAUUUCACCAGUCAGCCGUCGCUGGAAAAGCAUCGUGCCCUACAUCACCCAGCACCGGAAACCACCGAAGCGAUCUUCACAUCCGGUAACAGCAGCAGCACGGAACCCACCGAAGACCGGCUAGUAUCGUCCCAAUAUCGUACGCGCAUUUCGGCCACCGAAAUCACCGAACAGGAAGAACUCAUCAAACGCCACUGUUUGCUAAACUGCAGCAAAUGUGACUACUUUGCGGAAAGCUUCACCAACCUGAAGCAGCACGCGGUACAGGUGCACAGCCAACGAAGCUGUGAUGUCGUGUGCUGCGACCGUACGUACAGUAAACGCCAAUCGCUUUACGAACACUGCUUGGUACACGAAAAUCCCGACUGCUUCCGGUGCGAUGUGUGUGGGAAAAGCUACUCGAGCAGUCGCAGUCUGCAGAAUCACAAAUGGCGCAUACAUACGCCAGCGGCCGAGCGUCCAUUUUGCUGUGACGUGUGCGGCGAAACGUUCGUGAAGGAUUAUCUGCUAAAGCAGCAUUUGAUACACCAUUUGGCAAAGCACAAAAAGCUUAACCACUGUAACGAGUGUGAACGGUCGUUCACGACGGCGACGGUGCUCAAAUGCCACCAGCAGACGUUUCACGGUGGUGGAUUUAACUGGAUCUGUGAUAUCUGUGCGAAAGGGUUCAACAGUCGGGCGCUGUUUGAAAAUCACCGGUUAACCCACUCGGUCGAAGGAAAGUCGCAGCUGAAGCAUCAGUGCGAGCAGUGCAAAAAAUGGUUACGAAAUAAAAAAUCCUACCAGCAGCAUCGCAUACGGUGCCACACGAGCGAUGGUCCGGUGACGUGUAAAUUCUGCGGCAAAGAAUCCGUCAAUGCGAGUGCACUGAAGUCGCACAUCCAUCUGCAUCACGCAUCGCGACCCGAAUAUCCGUGCACGCUUUGCAACAAAAGCUUCAAGACGGCACUGCGAUUAAAGGAACAUGAGGCCACGCACACGGGUACGAUACUAUACCGGUGUCCGUGGUGUCCGCGUACCUUUGCCUGCGGUUCGAACAUGUACAAGCAUAAAAAGGCGGGCCAUCCGCUGGAGUGGGCCGCUUCGGUGAAGAAACGGUUCGGUGAGCGAUGAUUUCGUCCUCGGCUUUUUGGCAUUACACUUCCUGCAGAAGGGCUUGAUCUGCCAUAUCUGUCUUUCUGGACUUCAUUUACCAGAUGGGUUUGAUAGAGUCAAACAAGUCCAAGAAAGUCAGAAAACCUCUCCAGGCUGUAGUGUCAAAGAAGAUGAAGGAUUGAUAGAGAUCCCUACGGGUUUGCAACAAGCACUGCUUCCGUGACGCGAUAAGGCUCAUACACCAAGAUGGAACUUAUGGUAGAUUGAAGUCAACGCAUCAUGUACAGAGUUAAAAUCCUGUCUCAUUUCUUUAAUAAUGUUAAAGAAGGAUCGUUAUCAUUAGUUUUCUAAUCAUUAGACUUUGCAUUAAUCGAGACAAAGUGAUUCUUUAUAGUUUUCGUCUUCAUACAGGUAUCCGGAUAUACUUCUUACACGAACACUUAGUGGUGUAUCCGUCCGAAGAAAUACAAGCAAUAUAGUGUUUGAAAUAGCGCAAAAUUUUCAAGGGAUACUGCCAUAAAAACUCCAUAAACAAUGAAAUAAAAUAAAUUAGUUAAUACAG